AGAAGCGAUCGCGAGAGAGAGAGAGGAAAAAAAAAAAAAAAAAAAAAAAGCAGCAGCCUUCCAAAAUAAAGAGCAAAGAUUGCAUUAGGAGCGAAACAGCGCUGCAGAAAUAGAUGGCAGCUCCGUGUCAUUGACUUGAAACAAAAACAAAACAAAAGGGCCGCUGGAUGUCUGCCUCCUUGGGGGGUGAGCCAGACAGACUGACACGCGCGCAGACCCCGCGGUGCUCCGGGGAGGGCUUCGCCUCCCGCUCGGCGCGGCGGCGGCGGCGGCGGCAGCAUGGACGUGUUGGCUAGCUAUAGUAUAUUCCAGGAGCUGCAACUUGUCCACGACACCGGCUACUUCUCCGCGUUGCCGUCCCUGGAGGAGACCUGGCAGCAGACAUGCCUUGAAUUGGAGCGCUACCUGCAGACGGAGCCCAGGAGGAUCUCGGAGACCUUCGGCGAGGACCUGGACUGUUUCCUGCGGGCUUCUCCUCCCCCGUGCAUCGAGGAGAGCUUCCGGCGCCUGGACCCCCUGCUGCUCCCCGUGGAGGCGGCCAUCUGCGAGAAGAGCUCGGCCGUGGACAUUCUGCUCUCUCGGGACAAGUUGCUCUCGGAGACCUGCCUCAGCCUCCAGCCCACCAGCUCUUCCCUGGACAGCUACACAGCCGUCAACCAGGCCCAGCUCAACGCAGUGACCUCACUAACGCCCCCGUCGUCCCCCGAGCUCAGCCGCCAUCUGGUCAAAACCUCACAGACCCUCUCGGCCGUGGAUGGCACGGUGACGUUGAAACUGGUGGCCAAGAAGGCUGCGCUCGGCUCCGUGAAGGUGGGAGGGGUGGCCACGGCGGCAGCAGCCGUGGCGGCAGCCGGGACGGUUAAGAGUGGACAGAGCCAGAGCGACAGCGAACAAGGCGGGGCGGGGGCCGAGGCGUGCCCCGAAAACAAGAAGAGGGUCCACCGCUGUCAGUUUAACGGGUGCCGGAAAGUGUACACAAAGAGCUCCCACCUAAAGGCCCACCAGAGGACUCACACAGGUAGUGAGAAGCCUUACAAGUGCUCCUGGGAGGGGUGUGAGUGGCGUUUUGCACGAAGCGAUGAGCUCACGAGGCACUACAGGAAACACACAGGUGCAAAGCCCUUCAAAUGCAACCACUGCGACAGGUGUUUUUCCAGAUCGGACCAUCUUGCCCUCCACAUGAAGAGACAUAUCUAAAAAAAAAACAAAACCCUAAAGGCCAGAGUUGCCAUGAUGUCGGCCAUUGUCUGAAGGAAACGCCAUGAGGCAGGGGGCUGGACUUCAGGCGGGGACCCAUUGCCUCGCAGAAGAAAGUUCUCACUUCUACACCUCUGUGUACACACACACACACACACACACACACACACAGUCACACACUUACACACAUGCUGUCACGCACAGAAACCUCCCCCUCCCCCCGCAAACACUCACUAUCAUGCACCCAGCUAUAUUUAAAAUAUAUACGGCUAUUCUUCAUGCCUUGCCCUAGCCAGAUGAUAGAAGACGAAGAAGAAGGAGACCAGGUGAACUCAGCAAGGCAGACUGGCUGCUCACGCCAGCGCUAUUGGAAUUAUUUCCCGCUGCGAUCAAUGGAAAUCAAAGCGAAUGGAUGUGACGUUUCUGCAGGUGGACAGCCGUAAGAGGGGCUUAUCUCUAACUUGCUUCUCCGUGCAACUUGAUAGGAGAACACAGCGUCUUAAAGUUGCAUAUGUGUAGCACUGUUCUUUUCUAAAUAGUUGGGGGAAAAUGACCUAGAAAACCAAAUUGCAGUUUGGUAGCCAAAAUUAACUCUUGGUUUAUUUGUCCUUUGUGUGUGAAAAGUCCUACUAUUUCGUGCGUCCGACUUCCUCAAAGAACUGUUGAUCGGUUUUGGUUCUUCUUAGCACCACUGAGAUCUUUCCAGUCGAUACCAACGGCCUUAGCGGCGACAGACUCUGGAAUACACCUUACACCUUUCUGGCCUGCAUUUCUCUAGACUUCACUCGUAAGGGAGGAGUUUUCUUUUCUUACUUUUUUGACUCUUGCACAUCAUAUGCACUAGGGAUUCUGGAAACUUCUAGCAUGACUGCAAAGUGGCCAAGAGAAUAAAGUCCUUGAUGAUAAAUCACAGUCUAUCCCUUGAGCCUCACCUAUUGCCAGUGCUAGAUUUUUUUUUCUUUUUAAUCUCUCUGUUUUUGCUAACGAAAACUUGAAAAGCUUAUUUGGAAGCUUAAAUGUUUUAUCUUUCCUCCAUGGACUAAACCUCACCAGGACUCUCUCAGCACCUGGAUGUCCAGCUCUCAAAGCAACCAAUCAGAUGGGACAUCACAGUUCUCUCAUCCCCUUGAAGCUUCAUGACCUCAGCUCAUAGUGGUCAACCCCUUGCUGUGUGUCAUCGCUGCCCUGUACCCAGUUUCAGCAUAGAUGUUGCUAGUCUCCAAGGGCAGCUGCAUAUUGAACCUAACUCUGGGUUAUGACCUGACCAAAAGCCAAAAAAUAUCACUCUUUCCAGGAGUGGGGAAAGUGGAAGAUGCCUCCCAAGUCUAGUGACUUCAGAAACAUCAUCUAUCUUCCUCUCAUGCCCACUGAGCUCCUGUUACUCCACUUGUUAAGACACACAAUUCAAAAAUGCCAUUGUGGGAAUGAAGGGUGGACAUUUAAGGUAAGGGUUGAGAUGUUUCUCUAGCCGUCUGUCUAAAAGGAGAGACAUAUUUCUAAUUUAUUUUCUGGCUAGGCCCUUCAUGACUUGUGACCUAGAGCACCCAGGAUCAACAGAGGCCUCACGUUUACUCUGCAAACUGACUCCGAAGGGGUUACAUUCCUUCCUUUCCAUCCCCUACACACAUCCAAUAUCGAUCUCUAUCUACCCGCAUUCUUAGCUAGCUGGCACUGGCCUCAACUCCAAAGACUGCCUUUAGGACCAUAACAUGGCCUAUGCAAGCAAGAGGGGUGGUUAUUAGGACAGAUUGUAUAUUUUGUAUAUUCUGGGACCAUCCCUUCAAGACACGUCUAAAAACAAAACACAAAAAUGGCACUUGGUCCACACAUGGUUGCUGCUCCUUCAUACCAGCUGGCUCCCCUCCCUGCCCUCCUUUGACUGUUUGACUCAUUGACUGUUAAAAUGCCACCCCAUACCUGUGUGGGAUGCAACACUGAAGUCUUUAAGAGGAAAUAAUAAUAUAAGAAACACAAAUACAUUUAUGACAGCAACCUUCAAGAUCCUUGGCAUUUGGUUUCUCAGCUUUCUGCAACCUAUGGUUUCACUGAAAUGUUGAAUCUACUCAUCUGAGGGUAAAGGAGCCUCUUUGUCACAGAUGUGGUAGCUGCCAAUUGGACACAUGGGGCAUUCUGAGGUCUGGCCCUUACACUUUACUUUCUCCUUUUUCUUUUUUUCAAUUUAGACCAAAAACAAAAAACAAAAAAUAAAAAAUAAAUAAAAAACCCACAACAAAAUAACGACAAUAAAAUAAAAAACCACCCUAAAACACACACACACACAAAAUCUGCCCAUUUGCCAGAGGCAAUGAUGUAUAUGUUAGUUGAAGGCUAUUUUAAAAAAAUCAGUUUUAUUCCAAAGAUUUAAAACUAGACAUGACUUAGGAACAAUUUCCGGAGCACUGCUUGCUGACAAUCCUGUAGUUCUCUACUGCAUCGGAGUGCGUUUUGUGGCCAGUCCAUCGGGGUGUGCCAUGGGGUUAUAGUUGAAUGUGUGGUGCAUCCUUUCUGGAUGAAGGAUGUGGGGGGGGGAGGGGGGGCUUGAACCUCAGAUGUAUUAAACUGUAGCGCCUCCAGUCAGUGCACUAGAUGAAACUUUAGACACCCCAGAUUGUGUUGGUUCACUGGUCUCCCUCCCCAUAGUAGCCUCUAGCAGGAAUGCACAUGCACCCACACACACUGGUGAUGGCAUUGGCCAUGGCUGCCACCAUUUACAAAUGUUCUCUCCCCAGCGGGAGCUGUUCUGGCCUCUCGAAAUGCUAUUACUAAGGGUUUAGAAUAUUUUAAUUUUUGAACCAACCAAUGCAAGGCUCUAUGAAAAAGAAAGUUAAAGAAUGCAAACGAGUCCCCAUUGCUUGUUUGCUCCCUUGUUGUCAUCAGCGGUCUGGAAAAGACCUUAUUUGAAUGUGGCGGAACAAAGGCCCUUUGGUCCUCAUCAGUGUCUGAACUGUUCUGGAAUUCCUCUCUCUCUCUUGUAUCACUGAAGUCCUUUGUAAUCUGCCCCUGACCUUUCUCAGAGCAGGGGGCGCUGAACCGCGAUGGUCGGGCUUGCUUGCUUGCUUCAGAGUCAUCUGUUGGCUGUGAGAAUUGGCCUGAGAAUUUGGUGGGUGCUAAGGGUAUGGCUUGGAAACUGUUCUCUAGCGGAAUCGACACCCAUGAAGGAUAACUAGUCCUGUCUGCGGGAGCGGGGCUACGGCCCCUAUCAUUUGGAAGCUGAUUGGUGAUACAAUGCCCAUCAUCUCCAGAGUGGCAGAGAUGGUUAGUAAGAGCCUGCUGGAGUGAGCAGGCUUCCCAAGAAAUGGCCUGACAAUGUUUUGCUCCCAAAGGGGAAGGUUGUUUAAAACAGUGCUUCAAUGGACAUUUGAAACACAUCACGCUGCUUUCUCCCUUCCAUUGGUACCUCCUGGCAUUCCAGGGGAUCUCAGAUUGGAAAGGAGAAACCUGGCGAGGUGUUUCUUGUGAUGGUCCCUUGAGCACACUUCAUCCAGGGUUCAGAAUUCGACGUAGAGAACAGGAGUGUUUCCAAGCCACUGACAAUUUUUGACAAUUUUCUUUAUUUCAAGUUGUGCUUCUAUCUCCUACCACCCGGCUGUAAGUCAAAGACUUGGAAACCUGAAAUGAUAAGCUGCUCCUAGCUACUGGCCGCCUCCUGCCCCAUUAACGGUUAAUCCGCCCAACUUAACGCCUGGUGGUGAUGACUGUUGCGUUCGGACGUUCGGAUUCCAUGACAAAGCUGCGUUUUAUAAAGAGAUCGGAGACCCCAAAAUGAACUUCGUGCUGACCGUUUCCUUCUCCUCUCUACCUGCUUUCCCUUGCAAAGCCCUUUAAACCCCACCUUCUCUCCUCCUGCACCUCUUGUGCCCUUUUUACAUCUUUGAUUGCCUGAUUCUUACAGGGUAAAAAAAGACAGCCAACCUCACGCAUGAUAGCAGAACUGAUCCCUAUGUUUUAAAAAAUCUUUGAAUCUAGAAGCCAGAGAAGAUUUUUUAAGGACUUUAGUUUGGGACAAACUUUCAGGUGAGCCAUGUCUGUUUGCAUCAGAAGGGACAUGGGACUUUCAGGGGGACUCACCCAGGGCCCUGAAUUCUAUGGCAAAGUGAAAAAAAAAAGAAAGAAAAACUUGAAUGACAAGAACAACAAAAAAAAAACCUAGUGAUUGGUUUUAUUGGUUCAAAAUAGUUUCCUCUAUGCAAGGCACUUUCUAAAAGAGAAAAUACAGUGCAAAGUGCUUUUGUCAUCUUUGUUGCAGAAGUUGGUUUUAGAUAAAGGAAGAAGGGAGGGGAAAGUCAGAGAGAUGCAACAUACUUAAUUUAUAAAAAUCGGGUUUAUUGUUUCUUUUUAAAAAAAUUUUUAGGAGGGCCAGCACAUCUGGCCACUUUUGCACCCAGAUCUUUGCCAAAGUGAGAAUUCAUUAAGUAGAACCGGUUGCGGAAGUGUCCCCUGGCAUCUUCCGGAAAUGGCCACCUGCCAAGCGUGGGGUGGGGCUGGGAGGAGAGAAUUUGCAUUCUGGGUCUGGAUUAAAUUUCGGUAAACAUGGUGAUGCCUCCGUGUGAACACGAGAGGGCCUGCGCCUAGUCAGGGCCUCUUUGACGGCCUACUUUCCUCAGUGAGAACCAUUGGGAAUACUUGAGAUCAAGCAAACACAAAAGUGUCCAAGGAAGCAAAAGCUGCUUCUCCGUGUGAGAUCCCAUGACCAACUGCCUGAGGCUUCAGGGUUUUCUCUUGCUUUUAACACUCUCUCUUCAACCUCCUCUGCUGGUACCUAAUAGAUCCCAGAAAGGGCGAUGCUAACGCUGCAAUUAACUGCUGUGUGCACCCUUCCGACCUAGUACUGUAUUCUUCAGGUGUUUCCCGUUUAAGUACAAGUCCUUGGGGAAGCAGGUAUCAAACAUGGAGAGAGAAAUCCUAGGCCAUUGCUUCACAAAUAUCCCAAACAAGAUACACUCUUUUCAAACAGGGCUCCCUCUAAGGGCCAUGAGGGAAGGUCGAUCCAUUCUUUGUUGGGGACUGUUUAUACAAUUUUUUUCAACUGUGAGCUUUGAAAUCGCCAAUUGCUUUGACUCCAGCUUCUGUCUACUGCCAUAAAAUGGACCCCACGUCAGAAUACUGAGGGUGGUAUGUCUGCACACACCUGGAUGUGUGUCCACGUACCUGCUGUACCUUCUCGGAAGGAAAACAGGCUACUGACGUUGAAGAGGAGUAGCCACCAGUGCCUAAUAUCUUUCUGGGGGGAUGGAUGCUUAUAAUUGCCAGUCUAUUGAAACCACACUGGGAGUUCCACAUAAAGGGGAAGGGCUGAGGGUGGGGAGAGGGGACUUGUCAUCCUAGGCCUUUGGACCAGACAGAGUAAGUUCUGCCAAUCUAGGUCCUCAGAGGCUUUGGGGCUCAUUGGCUGGUUCUCAACCUUAUUUUAUUUUAUUUUUUUCUUUCCCAGCAUGCAUUUCCUGUACUCAGACUUAAUUUUUUUUUUUCUUAUCUUCCACUUCUGCUUCAUUCCAGGGAGGAAAAGUACACCUGUUAUGGCCACGAUCUCCUUGCUAACACAGAGGCAAAAAUAAAUGUUUCAUAUUUCUGGAGCCUCCCCUUCCUUUCCACAAAUCUCCCCAAAUUCCUUCUCUUUCACCAUCCCCUCCCUAUUCCCACCACUCGACUUCCCAGCCACCACCAUUUUUUCUUUCAAAUCUCUAUUGUCCUCUUAACAGUUGGCUUGAAAAUAUUUAUUUUUGCACUAUCCAUCUUCUUUUUUGCCAGAUGUGUCUAACAAGUGUGUUUGGAGAGACCUACUCCCAGCCCCUCCCCUCACCCACCUCCCCGGUCACAUUCUCUCAGGCCUUCUCUGGUAUUUAUAAUAUAUCACAGAAGUACCCAGUCUUAUAGCCCUCGGUUAUGCCUUUUUUUGACAUUUUAUUUUUUUUAAGCUUUUUAUAUAUAUAUAUAUAUAUAUAAAUAUAAAUAUAUUACUUUGUCGAGUUUUUUUGCUGUACAAAAGUCUUAAGAUUUAAAACUAUUAUUUGUAUUAUAUGAUGGUGGUAUGUUAAUGUUACAAAUUAUUAAUGAAGAAAAAAUUUAUUUUUGUUACUGGUCUGUUUCAUAAUUCUUUUUUAAAUUGGUAUAUUGUAAGAUAUCUAUGCAAAAGAUGUUAUGUGACGCAUUUUUAUUUAAGAAUGUAAUAUGUGUAAUAAACAGUAGAAUGUG